AUAAAGGAAGCAGCGCCUGCAGGAAGCUCAGAGGCAUUUCUGCACCGAAAAGCUGAGUCCUUCAGAUUCAACACAGGAUUUAACACAACAGAGACGGUAAACAACCAGAGAUGAGGCUGCUGAACGUCGCUCUCCUCGUUGCUGUUCUUCUGACGGCGACGAUGGAUGCUAAACCGAUCCGCCACAGACACGACGCCGACAUCCCCGACAAGAACCAGCCGCAGCGAUACCUGGCGGAACUUUCCGAAGGCUCCGAGGAAUCCUCCGAGGAGUCCUCCGAGGAAGAGACUGAGGAAGAGGAGGAGGAGGAGGAGGAAGAAGAGGAAGAGGAAGUAGUGGUGGACGUGACGGAGGCCGCCACCAUCCCGCCUUUGCUGGUCGUGACCACAGAUUCGCUGACGUUCACCUCGGGAGACGGCAGCACGCUGGCGCCGGAGCCGGACACGGCCAACACGGCCGGGCCGGUGAUCAUGAUCCGGGAGACGACGCCGGAGCCGGGGGUCACCGGCGUGACGUCUGACGUCACCACCCCCGGCGUGGUUCCUACGUCACUAAGAGCUACGGAAAUGAGGGGAGAUAUCUGAAACUCCGUUAUGUUCAGGGGAGAUCAAAGUGUGGGGCGGGGGCCAUUUGUGGCCCCUGGAAUGAUUGUGUGUGGCCCCUGAUUUAAGUUCAUGUUCGUUACAAGUUUGGAUUCUAUUUUUAUUUAGGACAAAAUAAAAUAUUCUGACUUUGAUGGAGCAUUGGGACCACAACAAGAAAAAAAAGAA